CGCUGAUGAUGAUCAGUCGGCCGCUUCCGUCCCGCCGGAGUCUGUCAGUCCGUUAGCAGCUCCGUUCGCCGGCUCCUGUGGGUUGAGUCCUGUGGAUUUGCUGUACCGAGAGGCGAGUAUCGUCGCUCGCGCGACAGCAUCCCAAGUUGCACCAGAGGACCAGAGUCGCUACGUCCCUCGGCGUUCACGACAACAGCCGUACAAACUUGACGCGUCAUCCUCGGGCGCCCUUUGCGAAGCAUCAUUAUCCCUCUCUCCAUCUGUCUACCGUCGAUAAACGUCAUUAGAUCCCGAAUCGGACCGAUAGAUAGCAAGGAUGUACAACGGAUUCCCGCAAACGCACGGCAGUUUUAGGGCCAGAGGAAAUCGAGACCAUACCGCUACUCGCAAUGGAGGAAAUGGCGGAACUUAUUGGAAUAGUCAGCAGCAGAGCCAGCAACUUAAAAAGGAAUUUGGAGUGAAGAAACAGAAUAGGAAGACUCCAGGCGAUUUGUUGAAGAAACCCAGCUGGGAUCUGGCCAAAUUGCCCACAAUAACGAAGAAUUUAUAUGUUCCCCAUAUGAAUGUUCUCAACAGAACAAAUGACGAGAUCACCAUGUAUCACGCUGGCAAGGAGAUCACCGUUAAGGGCAAUAAUACACCCUCUCCGAUCCAGGCUUUUGAAGAGAGCAACUUCCCAGACUAUGUAAUGGAGGAAAUCAAGAAGCAAGGAUUUGCCGAACCAACUGCAAUUCAAGCUCAGGGCUGGCCAAUUGCACUUAGUGGACGAGAUCUUGUUGGGAUUGCACAAACUGGUUCUGGGAAGACCUUGGCAUAUAUCCUUCCGGCGACAGUGCAUAUCAAUCAUCAGCCCCGCCUGAAUCGCGGAGAUGGCCCAAUCGUUCUGAUUCUCGCUCCCACACGCGAGUUGGCCCAACAAAUUCAGACGGUAGCGCGCGAUUUCGGCUCGUCAUCGUGCAUUCGUAAUACCUGCAUUUUUGGCGGUUCGCCAAAGGGACCUCAAGCUCGCGAUCUUGAACGCGGGGUGGAGAUUUGCAUCGCGACGCCUGGCAGGUUGAUCGAUUUCCUGGAAAAGGGCACCACCAAUCUACGUAGAUGCACGUACCUGGUAUUGGACGAGGCCGAUCGAAUGCUGGACAUGGGCUUUGAACCGCAGAUCCGCAAAAUUAUCGAACAGAUCAGGCCAGAUCGGCAGGUGCUCAUGUGGUCUGCCACUUGGCCCAAAGAGGUGCAAGCUCUCGCCGAGGACUUUCUCACCGAUUACAUCCAAAUCAAUAUCGGCUCUUUGAGUUUGGCAGCCAAUCACAACAUCCGGCAGAUCAUCGAGAUUUGUCAGGAACACGAGAAAGAGUACAAACUGUCGCAAUUGUUGCGCGAAAUUGGGACCGAACGCGGUAGCAAGAUGAUCAUUUUCGUGGAGACGAAGAAGAAGGUGGACGAUAUCACCAAGACGAUCAAACGCGACGGCUGGUCGGCCAUCUCGAUUCAUGGCGACAAAUCGCAGCCGGAGCGCGAUUACGUUUUGUCAGAAUUUCGCAAUGGGAAAACUAUGAUUCUUGUCGCGACCGACGUAGCGGCCCGCGGCUUGGACGUCGAGGACGUCAAGUACGUCAUCAACUUUGAUUAUCCCAACAGCUCCGAGGACUACAUCCACAGGAUCGGCAGAACUGGUCGCUGCCAGAGCGCCGGCACCGCCUACGCUUAUUUCACGCCGAAUAACGCGAGACAGGCGAAGGAAUUGAUCGCGGUGUUGGAAGAAGCCGGUCAAACCAUAAAUCCGCAAUUAGCGGACAUUGCAAAUUCCAUGAGGAACCAAUACGGCAAGGGACGACAGCGAUGGAGCCAUGGACGCGUCAAUAAAGAUAACAAUGGCAGUCCUAGGAACAAUAUCAGCCCGACGAUAAAUAACUGGCAGAAUCAGCAUAUUCCCCAGACCACCCAGCAAAAUCAGGUGGCGCAGGAGAAAAUGGUGGCGCGUCAUCAGCGUAACGGCGGUUACCAGGCCAAUCGCCAGAGCAACUAUCAACUACCGCAGCACAACAAUUAUCAGCAGCAGCAACGCCAAUCCACUAAUGGCUAUCAGAAUGGUUACCAGCCGACUAACAACGCUUGUCAACCGGCUCAUCAGACCACCAGCGCUCCAGCACCCAGAUACCAAGGUAGAACCGCUAGUUAUCAGGGUAAUCGUUUCCAAAAUCGACAGAAUGGCUUCAGUGGCGGUCAGAACGGACCGAAUGUCUACUCGAUGCCGCCGCCUUUCAUGAUGCCGUCAGGUGGGCAUGCGGAUUCCGGGAUUCAGAAUCUCGUCAACAACAAGUUCUUCCAGACCAACCGACCGCCGCCCAACGCUGGGGCCUGCGCCUAUCAAUCGAUGGGCCACUACAGCCAGUUUCAAGCGGUGCCGACGUACGGAUACCCCUAUCCGCCUACGCCGGUGCAGCAGUGACGCUUCCCGCGGUGCAAGACCGUCGGAGUACGGGCUAAAUGAAGAGGUAGGUAAGGAAGACAAGGCCCCGCCUAUCGGGCGCACUUGCAUAUGAUAGCGCAUCCAAUUUAGAUGGGGUAGACUGUCGAUGAUCAUUAAUUGACCUGCAAGAAUUUCAGAAGCCCUUCAUUUGGAAUAAUUUGGAAUAAUUGCGAUGCAUUCUGAGAAUUUUAUUCGAGCUCCUCAACCGGUCGGGGAACGUUUCUUGGACUUUAAUUCGCCAACUUUAUUAACACCUUCAAGGAAAAUUAUCUUUGUUGUCGAAGAAGAAGUUAUAUAAUACACUAAUAUUUUUUUCCCGAGUUUCUCUCCAAAGAGAUAAUAUCAGAUACAUUUGUAAAGGUUUUGUUUGUUUAUUUGUUUGCUUGUUUGAAGUCAUAGUCUUUGAAUUUUGAUUUUUGUUUAUUUUCCAUCGGUGCAAAAAUUUUGAAAAAUCGGCAGUCUACUAUGGCCCAUAUUCUGAAUUCUCUUUUAUUCGUAAAAUCACCUCUAAAGAUGAUUUGGAAUCUUUUGAUUGACUACGAGCCAUUUUUAGAGAUGCUUUUUAUUGAUAAGAGAGAAUUCGAAAUAUGGGCCUAUAUAUCUUUAAUGUAACACACUCUUGUUUUUUUUUUUCAUUAAUUUUUUCUGGAAUUGUGCCCAAUGUUUCUUCAGUGUUUAUUUCAAGAUAUUUAAUCGGCAAAAUUGUUGCUCGAGGAAUCAUAUUUCAGAUGAAAAAAAAAAGAAUUUGAUUUUUGUUUAUCAUUAUCGCAGUUUAGGGGAAAAACAGAUGCUUUAACAAUUUGAGUCCAACUAAUAUAUAUAUGUGUGUAUAUUGAGAUAACACGCGUCACGAUUAAGAGCUGUAAUAAUGCGAAUCUGAGGAAUCUAUUAUUAAUUAAAUGGCACGAAAGAAGUGCUAAACUAUGUGAGAAAAAGAUCAUUCA